AUGGAGGUGUGGAUCCGCCGAGGCAGAGGUCGGCCAACGGCCCUGCUCUGGCUGUUAUUGCUAGUGCCCUUGGCAGCCCCAGGGCUGCGAGGGCUCCUGUUCAUGGCCACCCCUGCCUCAGCUCCAGGCGAGACAGUGGAAGGCGGUGCCCCCGCCCCCACCGUUCAGCGGUUGGCCCCGGGAGCCCCAGGGCUUACUCAGCUAUACUCUGCUGCCCAGUCCUUGGCAGCAGCCAGUGAAGGCAGAGUCCAGGCAGUCCUGCCGGGGGUUUUCUCCACAGUGUGUGGGAAGCCCAAGGUGAUGGGGAAGAUCUAUGGUGGCCAGGACGUGGUGGAUGGCCGGUGGCCAUGGCAGGCCAGUUUGCUGCACCAAAACGUGCACCUCUGUGGAGCUGUCCUCAUCGACUCCUCCUGGCUGGUUUCCACGGCCCACUGCUUUCUCAAUAAAUCCCAUGAACCGGAGGACUACCAGAUUCUUUUAGGAAGCACCCAGCUGUACCAGCACACCCAGCAUACCCAGAAGAUGUCCGUGAGAAGGAUUAUCGUGCACCCAGACUUUGAGAAGUUCCACCCCUUUGGGAAUGACAUAGCCAUGUUGCAACUGCACCUGCCUGUGAACUUCACCUCCUACAUCAGCCCUGCGUGCCUCCCAACCCCUGGAGUGCACCUGUCCAAGCGCUCGUCCUGCUGGAUAACCGGCUGGGGAAAGCUCACCGAGGACAGUGAGGGGGUGUGGAAGACGCUGGAGGAUGAGAGACAACUGCUCCCACCCUUCCAUCUCCAGGAGGGCAAGGUGAGCCUCAUGGAGAACAAGUUCUGUAACAUGCUAUAUGGACAGAGACUCAGCAAAGACAAGAACUACUCUGUGUACGAGGAGAUGCUGUGCACCGGGGACUUCUUGACAGGAAAGGCCAUCUGCAGUGGUGAUUCCGGGAGUCCCCUUGUCUGUGACCUCCUCAACACCUGGAUUCUGGUAGGGCUGGCCAGCUGGGGCUUGACCUGCCGGCACCCCAUCUACCCCAGUGUGUUCACCAAUGUCACCUACUUCGCAGACUGGAUCAGGGAGACCCAGAGGCUCGCAUCUCCUCCUGACCCCACAGCUGCUCUUCCUCAGACCCAAUUUCCAUACCAGCCUCUGCAGACUGCAGGCUCUCCUGGGCCUGGCACUGCCCUUGUGCCUCCGCAGACCUGGCUCCCACUGCUGUCUGUGCUCAGGGUCCAGUGGCAGGCCCUGCAGUGA